AUGAGUUUGGGUGCGCGCGCCACCAAGGGUGGUGCGAAGAAGGAGAAGCAGGACAAGGGCAAGGCCGCCGAGAAGCCCGCUCCUAAGGAAAAGACAAAACCACAGGCUACCACAGAACAACUUCGUAUGGCAAACAUGAUCGACUGCAAAAGCGAAGAUCCGUCUGACGUGCGAAGAAUGGUAGUCGAGCUAAUGGACAUGACCCGGCGUACCGAAGAGGAGGUUUGCUCAGCGCUACACGACACCAACAACGACAUGCAGUCCGCCUGCAAUCUGCUGUUUGAAGAAAGCCAGCGGAUACAGGGCGAAUGGCAAACCACAGAGAAGAAGAAGAAAAAGCCGCCGCAGCCCACCGGCAACGGGGACGUGGAGCCGCCUCGAGACGCCCCCCGUAGCCGCUCUGGACCACGCACACGUCGCGGCGAGGCGGAUGCGGGCGCGGCGCGCGGGCGUGGCGCGGGGCGCGGGCGCGGCGGAGCGCGCGGUGGACGCGGCGCGGGGCGCGGUGCGCGGCGCGGCGGCUCGGGCCGCGCGCACGCGCCGCGCUCCGACGCCGACUGGCCGCACGCGCCGGACACCGGUGAUUAUAUAUCAAGUGGAAACAUUGACUCAUUUCCAGCAACAGAAGACUGGGACAAUGAGGAGUGGUCCGGCUCACUUUCAGACACCAAGGUAUUCACGCCGAGCGUCAACGCGCAGAGCGCGGCGGCCGAGCCCGACCCCGCGCAGGCGAAUGCUACGGAGGACUGGGAGUGCGGGAACGAGGCGAACGGCCCCCGAGAGCCGCACAUACCGACAUACACAUACCACAACACGCAACAGCAUAUACCGCAAAUGGCUGGUGCGGCAAACGCUGUACCACCUGCAAAGAGUGAACCUGAACAAUACCAUCAGCCACAUCAUCAGCCGAUGGGUAUGUCGGGCAGCCUGAGCGCGGCGCAGUCGCAGUACCUGUCGCAGCUCACGCAGCAGGCGCAGCGGCAUGACAACAGUGUAUACACGAGUAAUUACGGUGUGUACGGCACUUCGGAUAUUUCUACGCAACGAAAGACGCAGCGGGUUCGAGUGCCACCGCCUUCUAAGAUCCCGUCGUCGGCGGUGGAGAUGCCGGGCGGCGCGGAGGGCGGCGCCGGCUUCCUGGACGUGCAGUUCGGCGCGCUGGAGGCCGACGCGCUGCACGAGCACGCCGCCAGCCCGCACCCGCCCGCCGCGCCCGACGCGCCCGCCAAGCAAGUGACGUCACAAGCGGAGCCGGCACCUGUCUCAACAAGCCACGAGACAACGACUGAAGCACCUAGUAGCUACCCUAAUGCCAAUAGUAUGUUAAGUGAGAGCUUGUCAGUAGUAGACACGACGGCGACGAGUCAGCCCGUUACAUCAGAAUCUGCAGUCACAAAUAGUUCAUCAUUAGACAAGUUAUCAGCGUCAAUGAAGCAGCUAGGCGUGUCGGGAGUGACGGGCGUGUCGGCGGUGUCGGGUGUGACGGGUGUGUCGGGAGUGUCGGGCGUGUCGGGAGUGUCGAGUGUGUCGGGAGUGUCGAGCGCAGCGGACGCGCCGCCUCAGCCGCACCACCACUACACGCAUCAUAGGCCGAAGACGGUGGGUCAACAGAACGUGUACGCGACGCAUCACGCCGUGUCGCACCACCCGCCGGUCUACAGUCCUAAUGUGUACGCGCCUCAGGUGAACUCAACGAACGCGUCGCUAACGGGCGCGUCGUUAGCCAACGCGUACCCGUCCAGCGUCACGCUUACGCAGUACCAGCCUAUCAUUAAUUCUUAUCAGCAACAGACGCCGGCCGCGUCGACGGUGUCGGCGGUGUCCGCGUACGGCGGCAGCGCGCUGUACACGGCGCCGUACUCGGCGGCGCACCCGCACGCGCACUACCACCACCCGCCCAAACACCACAAGGAACAGACGCAGUAUGACAAUUCAGUAGCAUCAAGUAAUAGUUUAACGAGUACAUCCACAACACAAUCAAAUCAAACAACGGCUAAAGUUACCACGACGACAGUGAGCGGCGCGGCGAGCUCGGGCGCGGCGUCGUCGGCGGCGGGCGUGGCGGGCGCGGGCGCGGCGGGCUACGCGGGCGGCGCGCUCUACGGCGGCGCCUACGCCUACGACGAGCAGCUCAUGCGCAGCGGCCUGCCGCACCACAUGGGUGGAUACUACGAAGUGGGCUACAGCGCGCGGGAAGGCACAUUCGGCUUGGGCGGUGGCGAAAGAUUCGGCAGGACGGAUGCCGCUUCACCACAACAGGUCCCAGCUGCGUUACCGCCUGGCUACGCAUACUUCUACCAACCACCGCCUACCACGUACCAAUAUGGUGUAUACCCUACAGCGUACGGGGGCGGCUCGAGCGUGGGCGGAGUGGGCGGCGUCGGUGGUGUGGGCGGCGUGGGCGGCGUGGGCGUGGGCGGCGUGUCGGGCGCCGGCAAGGUGUCCGCCUACUCGCAGCAGCAGCAGCCGCCCUACGACGCUCAGGACUCUUACAAGACUGCUGGGCCAUACACGGCGAGUGCUAACAAAUCUGGUGGAGGCGCCACGGCUGACCUCUCCAAUACUAUGUACGCGAAGACACAUGUCGCGCUAAACAAAGUCAACAGCUACGAGAAGGCCGGCUUCCACAGCGGCACGCCGCCGCCCUUCGGCGCCGGCUCGCACCUGUACAUCCCCGCGCCGCCGCACCACCACCCCCACCACCACGCGCCGCAGCCGCACCAGAUGGAUGGUCGGGUGAACAGUAGUCAUAAUAGGCGGGAUAGCGCGUCGUCCGGCCGGUCCGGCGCCGCCAAGCCCGCGGCCAGCAAGCCCGCGUACUCGCAGUCCUACUGGGCGCCCAAC